AAAGGAAUUUUAGUUUAUUAAAAAUUAUAAUGAAUUCCUACAAAAUAAAUUGUGAAUUUAAGUUUGUAUUUUGUGUCGGGGGUAGUUGUGGAGGGACUAUCUCGAAGUCGAAGGACCAAAGUUCAAGACCUGGUUCAAGUUGUCUGUAGUACAGAAUGGUCCAAAAUUAUCUUUCCUGUUUUAAAAUUUGAUAAUUAAUAUAACUAAGGAAAUACAACCAUUCAGAUUUCAACAUCUUGUAGCCCAACCUAAACAGUUUUUGUCAUGUUUUUCUUUUCACUUCACUGAGUUGUGUUACCCAGGAAAAUGGCAACUGUGCAAGUAAUUAUUAAAGGCUCAACUCGUCCUUUGGCUUGCAGAGACCAUAACCAGUGACUGUGGGGCAGUGUAAUUACAGACAUCAAUACAGAAAAGGAAGAGUUGGGUGUUGAAAGUACAAAAUUUGAAAUACCUGCAUGUGAAUCUUGAUGACGAUGGCUGGAACACACAUGAAACCCAGCUUGAUUAAAUGUCCAAGCAGUUUUGUUGAAACCACAGUUGAGGGUGACAUAGAAGAUCAGUUAUAUUUGGAAGAUGUUCUUAAUGGCACAAAGGAGUUAUGGCUACUACAGGUUCCAUUGUCGAUGGAUUCAACCCUUUUAGAUAAUAAGGAGAUUAGUCUGAAAGAGGAGACAUCAAUACCUCUAACCAACUCUGAAGACAAACACAUUGAGUUUGCUCCAUACCAACUAUCAAAAGAGCUUGAUAGUGUCAACUUAGUUCUUCCCAGCAGAAGCUCAAAACAAAUUGUUCCUGUGCCAACCAGCUUUCAUGGACAGCUUUUAAUAACUGAAGGUUUUCACAUCCCUCCUCCUGUAAUUCCUCCAACUAAACAACAGAAUAGAAAUGUCCAGUUUCCAGAAGAGUUGUUACAUCAGUUUGUUCCAUUUGGUGCUGAUGAACCUUUUGUUUCAAAGAAAACUCCAACUAAAACAGGAUCAUCCUACAAGACAUCAGAGAAAUGUUCCAAAAAUUGUGUUUCUCCUAGUUCAGAACUUCAAGAUCAAGAACAAACAAAUUCAUAUCUAGUAUCAGAGAAAUGGAAAAAAUUAAGUAGAAGUGAAACAACAACAAAAAAGAAAAAAAGAAAACAUAAAGAAAAAAGAAAGAGUGAUUCUUCUUUGUCGUACACUGUUCCAGAAAUGUCACCGAUCAACCUGCACCUUUCUCCUGGGAAGGGAAAGAAGUUAUUUCCUUAUGAGGAUGAUGGUAGCUCCAAGAAGAAAAAAGUAAAAGCAAAAAGUGAAGUAUUGUCAUCUUUGGAGAUGUCUACUACACAUCUUACUAGUACAAACAACUCUAGAGGUAAAAAAGAAAAAGAUUUGAUAACAAUGAAUGAAGAACCAACAGUUAGCGAUGAAUUCCAGACACAAAUACUCAGUUCUGAUCUAAUACUUAAGCAGGAAAGGUUCAGUGAAAAUGAAGCAAGUCCCCAUAAAAAGAAGAAAAAGAAGAGUAAAGAGAAACACAAAAGUAUCUCGGAAACAGCAGUGAACAAUCUUUGUAAUUUCGAUGAUAUAGUGAAAGAGUCAUCCUGUGAUGAAGCUGUGUCCAUGGUGGAGAAAGUACAUGUUAAUCCAGAAAUGCUUGAAGGCUCAGAAGAGGCUGUUAACAGAUUGAAAAACACACCAGAAAAAAUGUUUACGACAAUUAAGCAAGAACCAACAGUCAACAUAGAAUGUCAGGAACAAAUGAACAAUUUCACCAUUUUAAAAAAGAAUAGGAAAAGGCAUUAUAAGGAUGAAGCAUCUUCACCAAAAGCAAAAAAAUUUAAAAGUAAUGGGAAUGAUGACACUGCAUAUAUUUUUUCUAAGAUAUAUCCAUCACCUUCUGAUAAACUCACAUCAAAAGAAAAAAGUGGUAAAGUUAAGAAAAAAGAAGUAUCAAGCACAAAAGAUUCCAUUUCAAGUAGCACGGAAAAUUCUGAAACCAAAAAACAUAAACAUAUUGCAAAGGUAAAACAAGAACCAACAAACGACUUAAUAGUAUCAAAUAUUAAACAAGAAAGAUUUAGUGAAAAUGAAGUAAGCCCCCCAAAAAAGAAAAAGAGAAAUAGUAAAGUGAAACAUAACAGUGAGGGUUUAGAGGAAUUCAGUGUUAUGAAAACAGAAAUAACUAAUGUGCCCAUAUCUCCCGGGAAGAUAAAACAUUCACCUUCUGUCAAUAGUUCUAAAAAGAAAAAGAAAAAAGAACUAACUACAGCUUUUGAGUCAGUUUUAAACAAUGAAAAUGUGACAAAAAUUAACAAAGCCAAAAACAUAAUGGUAAAACAAGAACCAACUAUAAUGGGAGAAUAUCGAGAAAAGACAGACAAUUUUACUAAUUUCAAAAUAAAACAAGAAAACUUAUAAAAUAAAUAAACUUUUCCCUUAUACAAAAGUAAAAAAUAAAGAUGCUUAAUUAUGAUUGGUUUCCAGAAGAACUAUUGGAAAAGCAAUGAUAGUCUGCUUCAUUCUACUAAUUAAACAGUGAGUUAAUGUUUUUCUAAAGACAGUUAAAGAUAAAAAAGCAAGUAAAUGAAGAGAGAGUAUCCACAACUAAUGAUGCAAAACAUUUUGUUUUAAACAGACUUGAUUGUUUUAUUUUUCAAAAUCACAGUUGUUUGUUGUACAAGAUCAAGAAGUUAAUAAAAAUAUGCACACCUUGUAAGUAUGCUAAAUACUUACAAAAAGUUUAAUACUAAAUGCAAAAUUGAACCACUAUUUAUAUUUUAAAAAAUGUGUGUGUGUUUUGUAUGACACUGAAGAUAACCAAUAUUACCUUACCCAGUGUUAUAAAACCACUUGACUGAAAAUAUUUUAAAAUUCCUGACAAGCACAAUAAGAGUAUUUCGACUGGAGAAAGCCAUGCACUAUUUUAGUUGUAGGCCACUGCCAGAGAAGCUUUUACUCAUUACUAAAAUUGUUUAAACUCUCUAUGGUAGAGUAUAAAAAAAGUGAAGUCCAGUUUGAUUAUCCCUGUGAAGUAAUUCAAAAAUAUAAGCUCAUUAGGUUAGGUUUACUGUCCUGGCCAAUUUUGGUGAUGUUCAGACCAAAAUUGUAGGAGAUGGUGAUCAUGCAAUCAGUCAAAUUAGCAUGCAAUAUAAUAAGAUUAGUAUUUACAAAAAGAAAAUGAUGCAUAUAGAUUGCAGCAAGGUAAACAUACACAGUAGUGAGAGAGUGUUUUCUUUAUAAUAUCAUAUUCUGUAGUAGGAAAUUAUCUGAAAUAAACAAAAUGCAAUCAUUCCAUAAAUAACUUUACUAGUCUUUUGGAUUAUAUUUUCUUUAGAAAAUAUACCUUAGUAAGCAGAUCACAAGUGUCAUUACUUGGUAUUUGUUUGGUAAAUUCAGAAUGAACAUGAAUAAUAUUAUUUCCAGUAUUUACUCUAUUAAACUCUUUCAUUAUAAACAUUAAUGCAUUUAGGGGCAAUGGGGGCUUGGGUUUAGGUUAAGCAACUGGUUCCAAGUACUUGCUAGUGAUGAGGGGAAGCAGGUAAGGGAAACAGAUGGGAUCACAAGGGAUGAUAGUGUAAAUCAUAGAAAAGUUAUAGUUGUAAGUGACUCUCAAGUUAGGCAAGUAGAUAGAGUAGUAUGUGGAGUAAAUAGGAGCAAAAUAAUAUGCUUAUGCUAUCCAGGAGCAGGGUUACAGGAUAUAAUUGAUAGAACCAGAGAGAUAGUUAAGGGUGAUGGUAGCAAUGCAGUUUUUGUGAUGCAUGUUGGGGGCUAAUGAUGUAAGGAAAGAUGGAUCUGAGGAGCUUUUUGAUAAAUAUAAAACAUUGAUAAGAGCAUUUAAGGAAAGGGGUCAUAGCUUGAUUUUGUCAAGGGAUAUUGUCAAGAAUAAAUUGUGGGAAUGAGAUACUAAGUAGUAGGUCACUAGGAUUGAAUGCCAGGCUUAGAUCAGUAUGUAUGGAUGAGCAGAUAGGCUGGUUGGAUUUGUGGGAUAAUUUUAAUAGAAAAGUUAAUCUUUUUGGUAUAGAUGGCUUAAACGUAAACAAGGCAGGGGCUAGCAUGUUUGCAAGGGCUAUUAACAUAGCUAUAGUGGUAGAUUUAAACUAGGGCUGGACAGAGGUGAGGGCUAUGAUAUUAGUAAAAUAGGAAAUAUAAUUGACAGGAAAACAUGUACAACAGGCAUAAAACAUGAACGUAUUUUAAAAUAUAUGAUUAAUUGUUACUAUUGUAAUGCUAGGAGUAUUAGAAAUAAAAUUGAGUUCAAAGCAGUUGUGGAACUGAGGAUUUUGAUGUUGUGGGUGUCACUGAGACUUGGUUGGAUUCGAACAAUUUUGAUGAGAGAAUUUUCUUUGAAAUACCAGGUUACAGAUUAUUUACUAGAGGUAGAGUAUUGAAAAAAGGGGAGGAGUUACUU